CUUCUGGCAUCCGCAGGGCGCGCUCGGCCCGUCUCCAUUUAGAGCGGGCCGGCAGCGCUGUGGCGGCAGCAGCGGAACAGGGGCGAGGGUGCCUCUGCACACCCCACACCUCCCCGCUCCGCUGCGCCCUGCGCUGAGCCAGACCAGCUGCACCGCCGUGUCCUGACCGAAGGCUCCUGGGAUGUCACGCCACAGGCACCAACCUGAGCCUGGCGACCUGAUCGAGAUCAAGCGAUCAGUUUACCAGCACUGGGCCCUCUACUUGGGGGACGGAUAUGUCGUCCACCUGACGUCCGCAGAUGAAGGGAUCCGAUGCCUGUCAGCCAGUAGUGACACAACAUUGAGCAAAAAGGCCAAGGUGAAGAAGCAGCUCCUGAAGGAGGUGGUGGGAACUGAUGACUGGGAGGUCAACAACAAGUAUGACCGCUCCCGCACCCCCCUCCCAGUGAAGGAGAUCAUCAAGCGUGCUGAGAGCUACAUUGGCAUGGAGAUGACCUAUAAUGUGUUCUGCGAAAACUGUGAGCACUUUGUGACAAUGCUCCGCUAUGGCGAGAGCGUCUCUGACCAGGCCAAGAUAGGAGUUGGUAGUAUGCUGGCACUAGGAACUGGUAUUGUUGCCUCCGCUGUUAUUGCUGUCGCCUGCGCUGCCUUUGGCUCGCCCAGGGACAAAUCCAGAGAGAAGAAGUAGUGACGGCUUGUCAGGAAGAG